AUGGAAGUCAUGAUGGGGAACAGCACGUCGUUGCCGCUUGAUGCUCCGUCUCAUCCACGCCUUUAUACACCCCCGUAUGAUCAACCAGAUAGCCUGCCCUUCCACAUCGACGCGACAUCAACCGCCUCGUCCACUUCAUCCUCGUUAUCCACAUCAACCUCCGCCGCCACCACCACCACCACAAAACCUACCAGUACAGACGCUUCACUCGAGACCAUAGCCACCACAACCCGUGCCUCUCCAUCAUCACCACCAGCAGCCUCGAAGGCCCCCACCAAACCCAGCCGUUCCUCACACCCCUGCCCCCGACCUCGGCCCCGCCAGCGCCGACACCACCCCGCAAAGCUCAAACUCAGCUGCGACCAAUGCGCCCAGCGCAAGAUCCGCUGCCCGCGCGACCAGCCCGUCUGCGAGCGCUGUGCCAAGCACGGCCUCGAGUGCCGCUAUUCGGUGGCGCAGCGCUACGGGAAGCCCAAGAAGGCCGUCUCCGCUGCUGUGGAGCAAAACCGGGGAGGGAAGGAGGAAGGAGAGGAGAAGGGGGAGUUCGCUGGUGACGGCACGCGUGGGACAAGUGGUUUCGGUGGUGAGAAGAAAUCGGAGGGAUUUCGGAAUGGUGGUGCUGAUGCUGACGCUGGUGAUGAUUCUGGGACUGAGGCUCGAACUCAGGCGGCUGAGGAGCAGGCGCGGUGGCAUGUGAGGAUGAGAGCUGUGGAAGGCCUUGGUUCCGACGAGGACAGGAGGGAUGGGUCGGUGUCACCACCGAUGACGGCGAGGAUUGCCGCCACCAGAAGCCACGGCGGGCCCAGAGUUGAGACCGAAGCGACAGCGCAUUCAGUCGGCGAGACUGACACUUUCGCCAUAACGGCCACGCAGUUCCUGCAUUUGUCACCCAUGCUUAGCGCAAGUGCGGCCGACACAACUACAGCCACGGCUGCCGUUCUGCCGAGCAUCGAGGCCAUGGAGCAAACGAGCCCAGUGCUCAGCUCUUCCGCCUACACAAGCGACGCCAGCUUUCAAUCGUGUACGAUCCGGACGCGAACGCCGCUGACGCCGCCUGCGGAACCCGUCCCGGUAGUGAUAGGCUAUGGCGACGAUGACAGCUUCUCUCGUUGGCCUGAGACAGCACCCGCGGCAUCAUCAAUGAGCGAGUGGGACUACAUGGAUGGCGGCGUCGACGAGGCCAGCAACGGUAUGACGGGCGUGGCAACUGAUGGAUGCGGUGACAGCACCACGGCGGCUGCAGCAACCAGAGGCGGUGCCACGCAACAAGCAGCCCUGCAGACUACCCUUCCCAUGUUCCCAUCCGGCCCCGCCGCUGCGACUGCUAUCUGGGGCCGCGAUUGCUUUCAGCGCGUGUGUGAGGCGUUUCAGACGCUCAAGCAAACCCAUGAGGCCGCCGCAAGUGCCACCGCCGCGACAGCAUGUCUGCUGGAGCCGCCCGUCACGACCGCGGCGGCGCAGUUUGUCCUGACACCCGACUACGUGGGAAGCAUGCUGCAGACGACAUGUCACGUCAUUGAAGAGGCCGCGGCGAUUCUACAAUGUCCGUGCCACAGGACGGCCAAGGUGCGGUGCGCUUUGACCAUGUUGUUGCUGGAGGUGGUGUCGUCGUACGAAGAAUUGGGGAAGCAGUUGAGGCGGAAACGGGCCGUGGAGGGGGCGUUUGGGUCAGCAUCAUCCUAUGUUGGCGGUAGGACCGGCAAUAGAGCGGCGGGCCCCGAUGCUGAGAUGGGCGUCGGGCCUUCAGGAGGCAUGUUCGUGCCACCGGUGGCGGUGGGAACAACGAUGCUGAAUCAGUGCGAGUCGGCGGCUAUGCUGGCGGAGUUCAUGUUGUCUAAAAUCCGGCGGAUACAGGGCAUGACCAAGAUGCUGAGUGUGGGGAAUACGCCGUCGAGUCUGCAGAGUGAGAUUGUGUUGGACAGCGCGGAGGAUUUGCUGGAGGCGCUCAAGGCCGAGAUGUGA